GGGCCUUUCGAAAAUAGACGGGACCACUUUGACCCCUUUCCCAUAUCCCCUCCCUCCGCUCCUUCUCUCUCUGUCCUCCUUUCAGACCCCCUCCCUUCUUGCUCGUCUCGCCGCGUCAUAGUUGUACCUCGCGCCCGCCGCCAAGUCCGCACCAAGUGUACAAAACUGGACCACAGAGAACCAGAGAAAACACUCCAAUAAGCACGGCGCGUUACCGAGAACAGAAAACUACCAAGGGAAGGGGGAGUGGAGAAUUCGGAGGGCGAACGACCGGUGGGAAUACCCAACAAAUACCGAGCUGACGAUGAGUCGCAGCAUCGUACGACAGAGUAAGUUCCGGCACGUCUUCGGACAGGCGGGGAAGACGGAGCAGGGCUAUGAUGACAUACGCGUUUCCAAGGUGACGUGGGACAGCUCGUUCUGUGCCGUCAACCCAAAGUUCCUGGCCGUCAUUGUGGAGUCCAGCGGGGGCGGAGCCUUCCUCGUCCUGCCCCUCUCUAAGAUGGGUCGUCUGGAUAAGAACCACCCGUUGGUGACUGGCCAUACUGGGCCCGUCUUGGACAUCGACUGGUGCCCUCACAACGACAACAUCCUGGCAUCCUGCUCAGAAGACACCACAGCCAUGGUGUGGCAGAUCCCUGACCAGAUGGGGACCCGGCCCAUAUCAGAGCCCAUCGUGGUCCUGGAGGGACACUCCAAACGCGUCGGCAUUGUCACCUGGCACCCCACCGCACGCAACAUACUACUCACUGCAGGCAGUGAUAACCUGAUAAUAAUCUGGAACGUGGGAACUGGCGAGGCGCUCAUCUCCAUGGACGACCACCCAGACCUCAUCUACAACGUCAGCUGGAACCGUAACGGCAGCCUGUUCUGCACUACCUGUAAAGACCGACGCCUCCGUGUAUGUGACCCCCGCAAGAGAGAGGUGGUCGCGGAGAGGAUGGCUCCACACGACGGGAUCCGACCAAUGAGGGCCAUCUUUACCAGAGACGGAAACCUGUUCACUACCGGCUUCACCAGGAUGAGUCAGAGAGAGCUGGGCUUGUGGGACCCGACCAGUUUUGAGGAGCCCAUUGCACUGCUGGAGUUGGACACAAGUAACGGGGUGUUGUUACCGUACUACGACCCAGACACCAACAUGGUUUACCUCUGUGGAAAGGGGGACAGUAGUAUCCGGUACUUUGAGAUAACAGAGGAGCCUCCCUAUGUCCACUACCUCAGUACCUUCAGCAGCAAGGAGCCUCAGAGGGGGAUGGGCUUCAUGCCUAAGAGAGGGGUGGACGUCAGCAAGUGUGAGAUCGCCAGGUAGGAAACUGCGCACAGACGCACACACACUCCCAAUCAGGGAUGGACAUUACA